UCUUAUCAAUUAAUUUUAAAUUUUCAAAUUUCAAAGUUCAACUUUCAGAUUGAAGUCUCGGGUAUUUAAUUAAAAUAUCCUAAUAUGUGGAAAUUUUUUCAGCUACGUUGAUGUUUGGACACGAUGGUUGACCGUACCACAGCCACCGUCAGAGAUUGGCUGGCAGAUCUUUCUAGUUUGCAAGACGAAGAAGAUAACGAAGCUGUAACCGCUGCAUUAUACUCGUACGUUGACGAUAAAGAUGUCAUUACAGCGUUAUACUCGUACUUGGAUAGUAUUAGUAAUGAGAAUCUAGAAGAUAGUAAAAUCAACGAUGUGUGCCGGGUACUCUUCGAAUACUACAGAAGAGAACCGAUCAAACCGAAUGAACUGGAAGAACAGAAAGAAUCGGAUGAGCAGAGUGAUCUGGACGAACAACGUGAUCCAGAAUUGAAAUGUUUCGCUCUGCAAUUUUUACCUCAGAUUUUGUAUAUUUAUCUGAACGCCAUCGCUCAUUCUGAUAUUGAGACCAUUCGUAACAGAUUGGCUAACCGGUCAACGCCUGAUGCGAAUAAAUCGACGGCUAUAUGUGGCAUAGAAGCAUUUAUUACCGGUGUUUAUAAUUUAGAAAUCGUCGAUGUCAGAGGACAACCUAAAGUACCCUCUUUUAGAUUACCAUCUUUAGAUCAACCUUCCAUUUACCACGAAGCUGUAUGGAAUCCUAGGAUCGUGAUAGAUCCAGCUCCAUCAACGAAAUCAACUCCGAAGAAGUUGAAACCGAAAAGUUCGGCAGAUCCGGUACCUCCAACGAAACCGUCUCCUAAGAAAACCAAACCGAAGAGCUCAACAGAGAAAGCUCCUUCGACGAAAUCAUCUCCUAAAAAAAUGAAAUCCAAGAGUUCGACAGAUCUAGCUCCUUCGAUGAAGUCAUCCGCGGAUAAAUCGAAUUCGAAACUUAACACUUCGACGGAUCCUGCUCAAUUAACUAGAUCAGCUACUGCGGAAUUGGUGAAUCCAGAGAGUUGGACGUAUUCGGUUCCUUUAGCAACGGAAUCGUCUCCGGAGAAAUGGAAGUCGAGGGAUUCCCAGUUUGUGGAAUAUGGACCGUUUCAAUGUGUUCAUAAAUUAGUUGCUCAAGAGAGAUUAUCAGUUCUAUCUCGACUUCUGUUUUCCUACUAUAAGCAUAUCUCGUUUAUUUCUAAAUCUUCGCCGGAAACGUUGCAGAAAAUAUGUAAAAUUAGUUUAAAAAUCGUUACACAAGGGUUUUCAAAACCAGGACCUAGAAUUAAAGUUUCGUCUUCGUUUCUGUCCGAGCUCCUGAAUAGUUUACGUUUCGCCAUGUUUAAUGGAUUCAAAUACGAAGCAUUUCAAGCCAUCGAAGCUAUAGAAGUUCGAGCCACUUUUGAAGUACUCUCUGAUAUUAUUUUAGAAACGAAGGCGUGUAAAAGUUACCUUGACAAAAGUCAAACUGAUAGUGGACUUAUGGGUAUUGAUGUUCCGGUGACAAGUAUCAUUCCAGCGACUACAGUGACUGCCAUUUCCAAAUCUAUGAUAACUAACGCUUCCUUUAGACCUGAGAAGUUACCUGAUGACAUUCCAAUACAAGAUCCCCAACUAGCAGAAAAUGCUAACGGUUUGGAUAGUGUUUCUGACGAAAAGGAGAAAAACAGCAAUAUGUUGGAGGUACCUGUGAAAAAAAGUUUACCAAAAAUAGCUGCCAGUUUGGGUAAAAAAACAAAAGAGAGGAUAGCCAUCGUUGUAAGAAGUGGCAGUGUUAGUAGCAUCAAAGGUUUGACGAAGAAUAACUCAAUCCCUCCAUGUGGAGGCGAUCGCGAUGCAUCUGAAACAGACGAAAGUGGAAUCGAGAUAGGAGAUUCGGGUUCCGAUGGAUCAAGUUUGACCAUGCAAGAAAACCAGAACUCGGCGCUGCUUGCUUUAAAAGGGAAAAUUCGCAGAUUAUCGAUACAUCAAGCAUUAACAAAAGCUGACCAAUGCAAGUAAGUGGUGUAAAUCGAGAGAGUAAAAGGUCAAUUUUUCGUUCUAUUUGUUUGUUAUCGAAUCGAGAUGUGAUUCGACUUUUAUUAUUGGUUCUGUUUUUAAUUGGAAAACGAACGUAUCACUGUCUUCAAGUCGAGAUCAUCGUCGUUACUUAAUAUUUGUUGUUGUUAUAAUCUUUGCAGCGAUAAAUAAUGUUGUACUUAAGGUAUUUUGUAACAUCUUAUGGCGUUACGUUUGAUGAUAUUUUAUCGUUCAAUUCCUCUGUUUUACCUUUUGUAUUCAUUGUAAUUUAUAAUGGUACUUAAUUGAUGAUUUUCUUCCAAUUCUGAUGCAGAUGCAGAUGUUCUAAUUUACCUACCUACUUAUUAUAAUAUCACGUCAGUCGUCAUGUGUGUUUUUAUUUGCAUAAUGUAUUUAUUUGUUGAUGUGUCUGAAUUCUGUUUGAUUUAAAAUGCAUUUUUUUCAAUUUUUU